UGCAACAGUAAGUUCCAAGCUCGGACAAGACCAUUUCCUUUCGUCUAGAGGGAGUCGUUCCUUUGCCGAGACUACCCGUUGAUCGCUUCGUUACGCGCACUCCAUCGCUGCAUUCUGCCGUACGAUGGCCUCGUUGUAUCCCAAGAAAGCUGCGGCAAUCGAAGACGGCUUUGUUUCGUUGUACAACAAAGCCGACGGAUCGAGGGAGGAGCGUCAGUUGUUGCUCGUCGGUAAGCCUAGUUACGUGCCGAGGGAAGUCGAACACGAAAUUGCCGAGCUCGUGCACGCCUUGUUCACUCAGGAGCAUCACUAUUCGCACCAACAUCCUCGCACGAGCCCAACGUUGCCGCCGGAACGCCGUGGGAAACGUCACCGCAAUUUUUUUAUAUAUCAGUUGAACCAAUUCCGCCACUGGUGGAAAACCAGUCGUCUGCUUCUUCGCCUUGCAGGUGGUCUCAUGUUCUGUUACGAUGAUUUGAACUGGGCCAUGAUGCAGGCUUACGAUGUCAGUAAGAAGAAACAGGCCAAGCAGGCUUUGAAAGUGGUCAAACGGAUCGGACAAGGCGGACCCAUCCGACCCUUCCUACAAGACGUGCACCCCUUCACGCGAAGUCUACGUAUCGUCUUGGCCGUCGCACGCGCUUGGGAAGCCAAGGUCGACAAUCGCUUGUACGAAGUCGGGAUUGCCGAAACAUUUCGCUAUUGGGCUCGAGAUUUCGUCGAUUGGUCGGCCAAAUUCAUCGCCUUUCCCCUUUCCGCCGUCGUUAUUGCACCGUAUAUUUCUGUCCAAUCACGUCCCGUAGUUGUGGUCAUGGGAUUUCUGCGAGCGAUUCUUCCUUUCGUCGCAUCCUUCCAAGGCUCUCGCCUCGGGCGUCAAUUGACCUUCAACACGUAUAAGUACGCCAACUACCGUUGGAAGUCGGUCCAAAGCAUCAUGCACUUUCACCAAAAAGCGGGAGUGUACCAGGAUACAAAUCUCGACCCCGAUCUCUUAAACCUCGCACGCCUUGUAGCUGAAGGUGUCGGACACGGUAUGGAUCCCGAAGAAACGCGUCAGGCAUUGUCCAAGUUGGGUUUCCAGGUAUUUGGCAGUGGCUCGGGUGGUAGAGCUGUCUACCGUAUGCAACGAACGGAUCAAAUUGUCAUGCUACACAUCACACCUUACGGUCCAAGUAUUCUCGACGAAAUGCCACGCUACAUCCUUCUGGAACGGAGGAGCGACUUUUACAUCAAUCGAGUUACGGACACGUCGGACGGCACAAUCUUGGAUGCCGCGACACCUAGGGAAGCCAGCGUAAAGGGCUUUACGUACUCCGGCGCCUUUUUCCAAGCCCAAGAAUGGGCCGCUUUGAAAAUGCGAUUCGAUCGUGAGCUCCAGGAUUAUGACAAUGCUUGCCGGAUAAUGGGGACGGUCCGGUUGCCUUUGGGUAAGCGUAGUCCUCAAAGGGCAAAGUCAGCAUCUCCGCCCAAAGAUCUAUUGAGCCUCAAAGCUUUUAUUCGUAGUGGGCGACAAUCCUAUAAACAACGCCGAGACAAUACUCGAUGGAAAGAAAUCGAACAAAAAGUACAAAAAAUGUCAAAAUUGGUGUCCAAAUUGCAAACACUCGGAAAGGCUCCAUCCAGGGUUAUUCUUUAUCUGGAAGGAUUGGAUUGUGCUGGUAAAUCUUCGACGGGGGGCAUUAUUUGUCAAGCCCUGGAAAAAAGUGGGUACGCCGUGCGUACGGCCCAGCACAAUCGCCCACCUACACCGGAACAAAAGGCCAAGCCCUGGAUGGACCGGAUACGUUUUGAAUACCCUGAUGAUUUGUACGACGAUGACGAAGAAGUCCCGGCAUUCGCAUCGGUAAUGUGGGAUCGGGGUCCGGCGGGGGACUUUGUGUACGGCGGUUUCCAGGACGCGACACUGAGCGAGAAGAUGCAACGGUACGAAGAGUUUCGAACAUACGAUUACAAUUGCCGCGCCGAAGGCGUGCUCUUUUGCAAGGUGUUUUUCGUGACCGAUCGCGACAGUAUUGCAGGAACGCUUGGCAAGCGCUUGGCGCACAAAAGGAUUGCACGGGACUUGCGCACGUGGUUGGACGCCAACAGUGUCGAGCAAUUUCGAGAAGGGGUGCAAGAGAUUGAGGCUCACAUCGACCCGACCGACUUUAUUGCUUUCAACAAGUACGAAGAGAAUUUAGAAAAAUUUACGGAAGUUGUCCGUAAUACGGAUUACGUUGGUCACGUAGCGGAUCAGGAAGAUUCUUCGAUUGGUUACAGCAAUCCUUGGAUCGUUGUGAACACUUCGAAUCGCCAUGCGGCGCGUCUCAACAUUAUGAAAGCCUUUUAUAACCAGCUGAAGCGCUUUUCGAAUUCUCCUUACGAUCGCAUCGACGCGUAUGAUCGGCUGAACGUGUUUUUCGGGGGCGUUGAUAAAGUGGAACGUGUCGACAAAGUCACACAACCCGUUUCGAAUACUAUUGUGGAGGAUAAGGAGCACGGUCUAUCGUCCCGAGCGGUAUUGCAAUCCAUGCUCCUGCUCUUACUGGUGUACGCGUACGCGAACCAGACAUGGAACUUUGACAUCGACGAUAUUACGUAA